AUGCGUGCCUUGCUAUCAUCAUCUUCUGAGACUAAGUUAUUCGUGAACCAUUCCUUUCCUUACAGUUAUCUGACGUUUUUGGGCGAUUCUCACAUCCAGCAUAGUAUGAUUGCGUUGACAAAAGAGGUUAACCCGAUUAACGCUCGAAGAAGCUCUGGGGUGGUACUUUACAACCAUCCUAUGUUAAUCCUAGACCCUCGUUCGAGAAAGGUCCCUUCAUUCUAUACCACUUUUUCUUUCUCCAUCGAGAACACAUUUGGAGGUGGGGAGGGCUUUGGAGAUGGCCUAGCAUUUUUAAUUUCGCCAUCUCGUGAUCUACUUGGCAGUCCUGGAUACUUGGGGUUGGUUGAUUCAACAGACCUAACGAGGAACAAGUUUAUGGCCAUUGAGUUUGACACCAAACGUGAUUCUGUGUUUCAUGAUCCUGAUGAUAAUCACGUGGGAUUGGACAUCAACAACCCUCUUCUCGAUGAAACUAGCCACAGCCUCUUCUGCGGAAAGCCCCUCUUGAAGGUUGACAUUGACCUGUCUAACUAUUUGGACCAGAAUAUGUAUGUGGGGUUUUCUGCCUCAACGGAGGGAAGCACGCAAUUGACCCAUAUUGAUCAAUGGGAAUUUACAGUUGCGGAGUAUAGUCCACCUCCUCCUUCACCUCCUGGAAUAAACUUCCCAAACGCUUCUGAGUCUGAACAUAGACAUGGCCACAUUAGUAGGUUUACUAUUGGCCUCAUUGUGGGGCUGUGUUCUGUCCCCUUUAUAGUACUUUUUGGUUGGUUUUGUUGGAAGAAUUUGAUGGAGAUGAUCAAGAAGUCAGAGGGAACAAAGAAUCUACAGAUGGAAGGUAUUACUUCUCAGGAAAUUCUGCUUUUUAUUUUGGUUGAUGAAGUAGCCAGAGGCCUUAACGUUGAGAAAGUGUUAGAUAACGAGGCAGAGCUUAUUCGUAUGAAAACUGUGCAAUCUAGUGUCCCUCUCUGCAAUAGUUUUCCAGCUGUAAAACCUAGCAUUCAGCCUCUAUGCGACGGUUUGCCACUGAGAGCAAAUGGCAUCACUUCAUCAUAG